UCAUCACUGAGAGGUGAAAUGGAGCAGAAAGGAGUUCAGCUGGACCGCGAAACCUUCUCUUGUUCCAUCUGUCUGGAUCUACUGAAGGAUCCGGUGACUACUCCCUGUGGACACAGCUACUGCAUGAACUGUAUUAAAAGCCACUGGGAUGUAGAGGAUUGUAUGUACAGCUACAGCUGUCCUCAGUGCAGGAAGACGUUCACACCGAGGCCUGUCCUGCUGAAAAGCACCAUGUUAGCAGAUUUAGUGGAGGAGCUGAAGAAGACUGGACUCCAAGCUGCUCCUGCUGAUCACUGCUAUGCUGGAGCUGAAGAUGUGGCCUGUGAUGUCUGCACCGGGAGAAAACUCAAAGCACACAAGUCCUGUCUGAUCUGUCUUGUCUCUUACUGUGAGAAACACCUUCAACGUCAUUACGAUGUAGCUCAGUUAAAGAAACACAAGCUGGUGGAGCCGUCCAAUAAGCUCCAGGAGAACGUCUGCUCUCAUCAUGAUGAGGUGAUGAAGAUUUUCUGCCGUACUGAUCAGCAGCUUAUCUGUUAUCUCUGCUCUGUGGAGGAACAUAAAGGCCACGAGACAGUCUCAGCUGCAGCAGAGAGAGCUGAGAGGCAGAGAGAGCUCGAGGGGAGUCGACAAAACAUCCAGCAGAGAAUCCAGGACAGAGAGAAAGAUGUGAAGCUGCUUCAACAGCAGGCGGAGGCCAUCAAUCUCUCUGCUGAUAAAGCAGUGGAGGACAGCGAGAAGAUCUUCACUGAGCUGAUCCGUCUCCUGGAGAAAAGAAGCUCUGAUGUGAAGCAGCAGGUCAGAUCCCAGCAGAAAAGUGAAGUGAGUCGAGUCAAAGAGCUUCAGGAGAAGCUGGAGCAGGAGAUCACUGAGCUGAAGAGGAAAGACGCUGAGCUGAAGAAGCUCUCACACACAGAGGAUCACAACCAGUUUCUACACAACUACCCCUCACUGUCACCACUCAGCCAAUCAACAUCCAGCAUCCAUAUCUGUCCUCUGAGCUGCUUUGAGGACGUGACAGUGGCCGUGUCAGAAGUCAGAGAUAAACUACAGGACGUCCUGAGAGAGAAGUGGAAGAACGUCGUUUUACUGCAACAACCAGAGCCCAAGACCAGAGCUGGAUUCUUAAAAUAUUCACAUGAAAUUACCCUGGAUCCAAACACAGCAUACACAUGUUUGUUAUUAUCUGAGGGGAACAGGAAAGCAACAUUAAUGCGUCAACAACAGUCUUAUUCUAGUCACCCAGACAGAUUCACUGACAGAUGUCAGGUCCUGAGUAGAGAGAGUCUGACUGGAUGUUGUUACUGGGAGGUGGAGAGAGGGAGAGGAGUUUCUGUAGCAGUCGCAUACAAGAAUAUCAGCAGAGCAGGGUGGUCGGAUGAAUGUGUAUUUGGAUUCAAUGACAAAUCUUGGGCGUUAGAUUGUGACUACAACAGUUAUAUAUUUUGGUCCAACAAAGUCCAAACUCCCAUCUCAGGUCCUGUGUCCUCCAGAGUAGGAGUGUACCUGGAUCACAGUGCAGGUCUUCUGUCCUUCUACAGCGUCUCUGAAACCAUGACUCUCCUCCACAGAGUCCAGACCACAUUCACUCAGCCGCUCUAUGCUGGACUAAGGUUUUAUUAUAUUAAAGUCUCUGGAUUUUGGAAUUAUUGGUGUUCUCAAGACUCUGUUGAGUUGUGUAAACUGAAAUAGACAGAAGUCAUUUAGAAACCCAGUGUGUAACGUGUUUAGUUGUUGUCAAAGAUGGUUAAGACCAGACAGGUAUCACUUCCAGAGAGUGGCCCCAUCGGAUCACACAGGGGCCAUCACAUUGUUCAUUAUCAAAAUCUGUGUUGCCCGUUCACAAACUUGUCCUUUUUCA